UUGGCGCCAGCUUGAGAAAUCUCGCAGUCGUUUCUCAGUUGUCCGCUAGUCCGGAGCGUGCAAGUAGAAAACCUGUUGUUUUUCCGAAUUAUCAUCUACGUUGAAUAACCGGCUUUAGAAAAUAAAAGCAUCAGAAAGACCAAGACUUGUUUUAUUCGUCCAAGUUUUUGACAGUGUACACAGUACAAAUAUAUUAAAAGCGUCUUUUCAAAAGUAAAAAGAUUUACGAUAAGACAGAGAAAAGCAGACGAACUCAUCGUCGUCACAAAAAAUCAAUAGAAGAUAACAUAAAAGAAGAUUGCGAUCUGAUUAUUUUACGAGGACUAGAAUUGUUCAAAGUUAAAAAAAAAAAAAAGAAUAAGAUGCGAGGAGAAAAACGUCUAAGUAAUUUUGUAUAUUAAUCGUUAACGCUAGCGAGCACAAUCGAACUUUUCGUGACAGUGAAAGCGGUGAGGAAAGAAAAAAAGAUCAGUGCUGCCUCUUUAACGAUACCUACUCGUAUUUACGAAAGAACGAGUAAGAAGAACGUCGAGACGCAAGUCAGUGCUCCGUUGUCGAAUUUACUGUAAGAAAUUUGCAUUGUUGUUCGUACCAUUAUUGAAUGUCACGCGAUAUUAAAGUGCAAAAGUUACUGAUAACUUAAAGGAAAAUCCGCAUCACCUAAAAAGAGAGAUUCACGAUGAAAUCCGAACCGGUCUUAUUAUUACGAAUUAUUAUACCGUUCUUGCUUCUGGCAGAAUGCGUGAGCAUUGAAAAAUUAAAGGGCAUAUAUUCGUGGAAGACUUUGGAGUUUGCUUUCUCAAAUGAGCAUACGAGAGAACAAGCUAUACGAGAAGGUCAUUUUAUUCCUGGAGUACCAGUGCCAAUUGACGUAGAUUUUCAUCACAGAGCUAAACAAGGGUCUGUAGUUUUCGUGUCGAUACCAAGAAUUCAAAAUGGUGUUCCGGUCACUCUCGGUUACGUCACAGACAACGUUUCUGCUGACGGAAAUCCACUAAUUGCACCUUAUCCGAACUGGGAUUGGAACAGAUUAGGACACUGUGACGCGAUCACCAGUGUAUUCAGAAUGCAGGUGGAUUCGUGCGACCGAUUAUGGGUUCUUGACACAGGUAAGCUUGAAGAUCGGCAGAUCUGUCGUCCGCAAUUGCUGUCGUUCUCACUGCGUACGAAUAAGGUGCUGAGUCAGUACAAAUUUCCCGGAGAGCAAUUUAAAGAUGAUUCCUUGUUUGUUACGCUUGCGGUCGACAUUCGCGAUGUUGACGAUAAAUGUCACGAUACGUUUGUCUAUAUCGCGGACGUGACCAGAUUUGGACUGCUCGUGUACGAUCAUCGCAAUUCCCGCUCCUGGCGGAUCACCAAUAAUCUGUUUUAUCCCUAUCCCUCUUAUGGGACCUUUCAUAUUAAUGGAGAUACAUUUGAUCUAAUGGAUGGUAUUCUGGGACUCGCUCUGAGUCCCUUGAAACAGGACGGUGACAGAAUCUUGUAUUUCCAUUCUUUGGCUAGCAGAGUCGAAAGUUGGGUUCCCACGUCUAUCAUUAGGAACUACAGCCUCUUUCGAGAUCACUCUGAUGCUGCACCAAGGUCGUUCCGAUCGUUCGCUAUGGAAAGGUCGUCACAAUCAGCCGCUCAAGCUAUGGAUCAGAAUGGGGUUCUCUUCUUUGGUCUUUUAUCAGAUCUAGCUAUCGGAUGUUGGAAUAGCAUAAGUUACCCCGAAUAUGGUGGCACCAACACCGAAGUCAUGGUUAUUAAUCCCGAUACUUUACAGUUUCCGUCUGGAUUAAAGAUUAUUACUACUAAAAAUGGUCGCCAAGAAAUGUGGGUUCUUACAUCAUCGUUUCAGAAGUUUAUGACCGCAACCAUGAAUUCAAACGAGACAAACUUUCGGAUACAGGCUGGUUAUGUAGAUGAGUUGAUCCGUGGAACUAAGUGUAACGGUGCGGGGCGUCUUCACAAUCACGAUUACGAAAGGCCGCUUUUUUCCAAGUGAAAAUUGUGGCACCACGGGGAGUUCGACGAUUCGCGUUUUCAUGCGGUGAAGUCCGUCAAUUGGCGUGAAUAUCCGGAAUUAUUUGAGGAAUAUAAAUCUUCACCAUCACUAUCGUCAUCAUUUCAUUCAUUUCCGAAAUUCUUUACUCGACCAUUUUUUUUUCCCUGGAUUGUAAAGUCGAGUUAUUAUGAUCACAAACCGAUCGAGUAUACAGUCGUUGUCGACCACGAUUAAAAAAAAAGAAAACAACUUGCGCAAUACGCGUACCUUAAUUUUCUUGAUAUCUGAAAAACAAACGAUACUUUUUGUUGAAAUGUUUUGUUGGAAGAUUUUAUAGAAUUUAUCAAUUUAGGGAAAAAGGUGUAGUAUCAAGCGUACUUGCUCGUGGUGCCAAGUCUAGCUUCUACAAGUACAAUUAUUUAUUCUGAUAUAGUAUAUGUAAUUCGGUGUAAAUGAUCAACAUUGUUGAGUAAAAGAUUAAUUUUACCUCGUUCCUAAUAAAUAUUUUCUUACUUUUAUUGACAAUAAUGUACAAAAAACAUUAAAUUGCGCAUACAUUUUAGACUUGUAUUAUAUUUCAUAUUAUAUAUUGUAUUCUAUGUACACAUUUCUAGUGCGCUAUAUAUCCUAUUAUUAUUUAAUAAACAUAUACGUACGCAUA